CUACUAUUUCGGCCUCGAACGCACCGGCUAGGCGGCUACAAGUACGCACGUUUAUUAACGUUGGCGGUUGGCCUCGAACGCACCGGCUAGCCCCGAACCGAAUGGCUUGCCUUGGCUGUGUCAUAAACCUGGGUUAAAGAUUUAAAGAAACCACAAUAGAGUGAAUAGACUCCCCACGAGAUUGACCUCUCGCCAACGCCCAAUUUUCUCUCUUCCAGUUUCUGGAUCUUCGCCGAGAUCCUCACCAUUACCUCGUUAGAUUCUCCGCAUCCGAUCUCAUUCGCCCUUGCUCCUUGCAUUUUGGAUCUGCCCGGUUUACACCCUACACCAGCCGGAAUUCCUUCUCCCUGCGGCAAUCUGGGGUUUUCCGGAGAUGGCGGAAGCAGGCACGAAUUCGCGCUAUGUCAAGCUCACUAAAGAACAAGCCCCACUCGAGAUUAAUCCCGGCGAGCUCAAUCAGCCAAUCGAUGUCCCUCAGCUGACUGUUCACAAGUGUAAUGAGUGUGGGCAGCCUUUGCCGGAAGACUUUGCGCCGCCGGCCGACGAGCCUUGGAGUACUGGGAUCUUUGGAUGUGCUGAAGAUUCUGAAAGCUGUAAGUUUUGUGCUGACCCUAAUUCUCUGAUAUCGUUCAUGUAUCAAGCAAGAUUCCGUUGCUGGACAGGGCUAUUCUGCCCCUGUGUCCUGUUUGGGCGGAAUGUUGAGAGUAUGCGAGAUGAUACGCCAUGGACUACACCAUGCCUCUGUCACGCCGUCUGCAUCGAGGGUGGUAUUGCGCUAGCUGCAGUGACGGCACUCUCCCAUGGUGUUAUAAUGGAUCCAAAUACAUCGUUCCUUGUAUGCGAGGGUCUGUUGUUCGCUUGGUGGAUGUGUGGCAUUUACACUGGUAUCGUUAGGCAGUCUUUGCAGAAGAAGUAUCAUCUGAAGAACGCUCCAUGCGACCCGUGCAUGGUGCACUGCUGCAUGCACUGGUGCGCUCUCUGCCAGGAGCACAGGGAGAUGAAAGGACGCCUCUCGGAUAACUUCGUCAUGCCAAUGACCAUCGUCAACCCCCCUCCGGUCCAAGAGAUGUCAGUCACAGAGACCUCUACCACCGAAAACCAUGAUCGUCCUGCUCCGUCUUCAUCAGAUAAGGGCUCCUCUCAGCAGGAGAUGCAGCUCUAUAGUCAUUAGUGAAACAACAGACAGUCAUGGCAGAUUAUUGUUUAUUAUCGGCCUGGAUUUCGCUUUAGAACAAAUCAGACUUAACUUUAUACUUGUUUAUUGCCCUUGAUGGCCCCCUUUUGUAGAGUGAGCUUGGUAGUUCUUAGAAACGAUUAUUCUCCACCCUCGAGAAAGUUCAUCUAUGACAUUGAUGAAUUGACAGGAUCAUUGAUUGAGGUAGCAAUGGCCGGCUGGGAGCCGGGUGCAUAUGGUUGAAUCAAUCAGGGCGCAUUCAGUGCUGGCGAAACUGGUGUAACGUGAGGGGUCCUCCGAAUGAUUUGGGACCAGAAAAAUAUGAGUCAGGGAAGAAGGGGGAAUUUGAUUGAUGCUUUUGCAGUUUCCCGAGUCAAAAAGUUUGAGCCGUAUCUAUCCGCUCAGCUACGUUCCCCAUAUUAAAUCACUGAAUUGUCUUAUCUUUUAUUGUAUUUGUAGUUCUAUGCAGCUUUGUUCCUUUCUGAUUAGUCUUUUUUCUCCACCUGGGUUCAGUCAAACCUCUUGUUCAA